GGCUGUCUGUGUCACGAGGCUCUUAUGUUACACUGGAGGAAAGUGUCAUAACAAGUGUAUACACCUUUCAAUAUUAUUAGAAAGCCAAGGCUGAGUGAUUGCUAACCACACCUGUGGCUUACUGUUUUAAUUAUUCUAGGAUAAUGUGGCCAUUCAACACUUAUAUACAUACUAUUAUCUAUAUAAACACUAUCAUAAGACACGAUUGAAGCUCAGCAAACGCGCGAUAACAGUAGGGAAGGCGCAAAAAGUGGGGAAAUAAUGAGGCAAAAUUGAUCAUCGGAUACAUGGACCCUGGGCGAGGCUAGACGAGUAAGCUGUGUCCUCACCUGUGGAGGAGAGGUGCUCACUCACACCAAGCCUCACCUUAAACCCUCCUCUGAUACGUUAGGGACCCUCAAGUGCUUUAGAACUAUCCCACUAUUAGUGUUAUAUACAAAGAACCUGCCGAAGCACAUGAAAACUAAGUGUGGGACGUGGAAGUGAGUGGAGUGAGUAGGUGUGGCUCAUGGUGGAGAAGAAAGGAAACACUGCGGCCCGAGUCGAUCAGCUAAACACGCACCACACGAGUGUCACGUCCUGCACAUGACACAGUGAAAGGAGAGAUGCGAAUAUACUGAAGGGGGAAGAGGAAGACUUCAGCGACGUGGCUUAUCACAUUCCUUCCAGCUCAUCUGUACAUGUGAGGAAAGUUGCGAAACAUUUUACCAGAGUCGGAAAAUAAAGUUUGUGGGCGUGUGCUGGAGCGUGUGAGUGUGAUCGAGGAGUGAGUUGAGGGGUGAGGGCGUGAAGUCGUGAACAUGGUGGUGCCUCCAAGGGAACGACGCACGACAGCAGGAUGGUGGGCCAUUGGCUUUCACACCCUGGCCUUCCUCCUCAUCACCAUAGCCAUGUUCACUACGUACUGGCUGCAGGCGGAGAAAAAAGCCUACGGAACAGCCAUGGACAGGAUAGGGUUGUGGACGCAGUGUUUCCGAAGCCUGACAGUAACUGAGGACAUCUACCGCACAACGUUCUUCGUGGGAUGCCGGUGGCUGUUCGACCCCUUCACCACCGGCUAUGAGGAUGUGCAGAACAUGAUGCAAACCCCAUUCUUCGUGACAGUACAAGUCUUCUUUACAUUCUGCUUCACCCUCUCCCUGAUCGGCACGGCUCUCACAGGCAUCCUUGUGCUGUGUCCGGGUGAAGACUUCGAGCGGUCGGUCCUCAAGCUGGCCUACAUCGACCUUUUCAUCUCAUGGGUGUUUGGCUUCAUUGCUGUCAUUGUGUUUGGAGCAAUGGGAGACAACAGGGACUGGAUGCCACACUGGGACCACAACCACCUCUCCUGGUCCUUUGGUCUGGCUGUGGUCGGGGUGGUGGCAGAGUUCGUGGCAGCAGUGCUCUACUGGGUGGAGUACCGCAUCCAGAAGCGCAAGGAAUCCUACCGCCAGAGCCACGGUGUCUUCACUCUCGAAGGAACAAAGUCUUAACUGAACCUUGUGAAACAAAUGCUCUUGUGUUUCCAGGAUGCAGGCAUUAGAUUCUGUCACUGGACUACUGCUCUAGUUUUAUCACUUUGAAAGAAUACCAAACUGACCAAAGGGUGAGGAAGUUAGAUGAAUAUGUAUGUUAAAGUUGUAUAUGUUUGGUGGGUGAAAUAACACCCAGUAACGCAAACUACAUAUACAACAACAGGUCUUCAUAGUAACAGCAGGUUCAGUCACAAAGAGUGUGUCUAAUCUUUUAAAGAUCUUAGAUUGUGCUGGUAACAAGUAGCUUUUUUCUCCUGCAGUGUGCAGUGGCACCUGCCACUUAGAAACAUUAUUGCAUAUCACAAACAUAGAAACAUGGGUGAUUUUUUUAACACUCUUGUGAAGUGCAAGGUGUACACCAGCUCAGAUGAAAACUGAUUGAAAAUCAAAUUUGUGUAUUUUUAUAAAAUUAAUUUAAGGAUGUACAUAUUUUGAACUAUUUUAUAAAUGAUUUCAAUAGCAAAGAUUUACUGUUUUGUUGAAAAUGGAUUAUUCUAAAUGGGCAGAAGUUGAAGGCUGAAUGAAGACAAGUCAUUACAGUGACAUGCUUCAGCUCUGUGUUUGUUGGAAAGCUUCACAGAAACAUCUGUGUUGUUUGUAAGAUAGUUCUAAAAUCAGUAUCAUAAACCAUUCCUCUUAAAAAUGUGACACAUUCCUACCAUUCAGCUUUGUCUUCUUUAUGGAAGGACAUCAACAAUUUCUAGUGACAUACGUAGGGAAACAUCUGCAUGCAAUUUGUUAACGAUAGUAAAAUGGUUUACAGACCUAACGAUGCAAUGAAAUGAAGGCACAAUUUUCAUUGCAAUUUCCUGAUAAAGAAAGUAAAAGCAUGAAUCUCUCAGGAUAGUCAUCUGUAGUUCUUAGACAAGUUCAUGUAAAUAUUUGCAGUUAUGAAUUAACUUUGUACGUUUUAUAAAGACUGACAAAGCCGUAGUAACUGUUCCGUCCUUGCCACUGUUUUCCGUCCACUGUGUUGUGACCAAUCCAGCAGUUGAUGAUGCGGUAAUAAUAUUUAUAGUAUUAACAAUAUUAAUAAGACAAACCUUCGACCUUCGAUUCACAAGUCAUUGGGAAGGGAGUGUAGUAUAGACAAGGUCUCUAUUAAUAUAUCUUGCCAAGUGCCACGUCAAAAUGUCAAGUUCAUUAUACUAUACCAACUCUGCUUACAUGGUUACUGGGAUGUACUGUGCGAAUACAAUUUUGAAAGAGGAAAGUGCCUUUUCUAUUUGUAAUUUCUCGGGACUUGUAGAAAGAUAUGUUAAUAGGUGUCUCUUAGCAGUGCUUAGAUGUGUACCAUGUGAUUUACGUAGAAUUCCAUAUUGUCUGGAAUUAUGGUUGAAAAUUAAUAUUUAUAAACAAAUACGUAGUGUGUUAUGCUCAAGUUUUUCCAGAACAGUGCCAACCCUUUUUUUGAUGUGGUACAUGAUCAUGAGUAGAGACAGGUAGCUCCAAAGUAAAAGGGUCGCAAGGCUGUGCUGGGCAUGUUUGAAUUGAAGGAGAAUCGCAAUAAAAAUGAGCGUUUUUU